AUGAGGCUCCUGCCUCUGGCCCUUGUGCCUGGCGCACUCGCCAUUUCACUCGAUAUCAAUGAUCCCAGCAGUGUGACGUCGGCUGCCUCGUCAGUGGCAUUUGACAUGAUGACUUCCUACACCGGGAACCAAACGGGCCAAGUUCCUGGACUCUUACCCGGUGGUUUGAGCUGCGAUCCCAACAACCCGGCAAUCUAUUGUUGGUGGGAGGCUGGCGCAAUGUUUGGCUCGCUCAUCCACUAUUGGCAGUACACGAAUGACUCCUCGUAUAAUCCUGUGGUGGCACAGGCGCUGCAAUUCCAGCGUGGACCUGACAACAACUUCAACCCACCUAACCAAUCGAAGAGUAUGGGUGUCGACGAUCAGGUUUUCUGGGCCUUUUCCGCCAUGGAUGCCGUUGAAGCAAACUUUCCAGAGUCCGAUGAAGAAGACGCCCCGUCGUGGUUGUCGCUGGCUCAGGCCGUCUUCAACUACCAGAAGGCUUUGUGGGACACUAAUACUUGCGGCGGCGGCUUCCACUGGCAGGUGUUCCAGUUCAACGCCGGGUGGAAUUUGAAGAACGCUGUGUCUAACGGAGGGAAUUUCCAACUGGCUGCACGACUCGCGUAUGUGACGGGUAACUCAAGCUAUGCCGACUGGGCGAACAUGGUCUAUGACUGGAUGGAAACCAGCGCACUGAUGCAAACGGAUCCAUCGAGCGGCAUUCUCUACAUUUGGGACAACACCGAUUCAAACAACAACUGUACAGACCAGACCAGAUAUGUGUGGACCUAUAACUACGGCACCCUUCUCGUGGGCUCCGCAUACAUGUACAACUUGACAAAUGGUAGUUCCGUCUGGGAGGAUCGAGUCAACACUAUCUUAAACAGCACCUUCACAUUGUUCUUCCCCUCACAAUAUGGGGGCAACAUCUUGUCGGAAAUUCAAUGUGAAUCGACUCUGGUGUGCGACCAGGAUCAAAAGAGCUUCAAGGCAUAUUUGGCGAGAUGGUUGGCUGUGACCAGUCUGCUCGUGCCGUCUACAGCCCCCCAGAUUAUUCCGAAACUCCAGGCCAGUGCGCAGGCAGCUGCAGGACAAUGCGACGGUGGUGCCAACGGUCGUGAGUGCGGCAUGCAGUGGUACACGAGCACUUGGGACGGCUCGACUGGCGUUGGACAGCAGAUGGCUGCAUUGUCCGUUAUUGGCAGUGUUUUGAACUCACAAGCUCUGAUGCCCAAGUCCACAAGAACGGGCGCGACCUCGAAGAGUGACCCGAACGCCGGGUCCACGGCACCAACCAAUCCUGCUGCCUUGCGUGACAACAUCACGACGGGCGACAAGGCUGGGGCAGGGAUCCUCACCCUCCUCAUGGCAGCCCUUGUCAUUGGUGCAGCAGUUUGGUUAGUAACAUGA